AUGGAUGCAGGUAGCAUCUCCGUCGCUCGCUCCACGACUGGUUCUGAUUAUCGAAGGGAUCUCCAAGGCUUUUUCGAUGCAGACAGAAUCCGCUUGUUGGAACAAAUUGUCGAGCACUCCACCGGGACCGUGUGCUUCGAGAAAGCACGUCUUGCCCAUCUUCUCGCCUCUCUCCGCCCAGCAGCUCAUGACUAUGGCCCUCGUGCGACCAGCGAAGAUGAAGAUUUCACCAUCAACCCCGUGUCUCCCACCUCGGCAUUGUAUUCCGGAGAGCUCUCUCACUCCAACUUCUCGCUCCGGCUUCAGCAGAGAGUUGAACGUCGGCUGAACGAAGCGGUACCCGAACUACAAGGCAGACCGGAUGCUCCAGCAGAUUCACCAUCGGCGAUCAAGCUUCGCUCUCAGGCAUCCGUUGUCAUCGAUGCGGUCAGCUCUUUCCCACCAGCCGAAGUUGCAGCGUUCCUUGCCGACGUCUUUUUCAAAUUCGCCCAGACAAAUUAUUCGUACGUCGACGAGCAAACCUUGCGGCAAAAACUGGGAAGAUUCUAUUCGCUGUCUCCAGAGAUAGAUAUCAACGACGCACCUUGGGUCUGCACCAUCUUGAUGAUCUUUGCCAUCGGCACACAGUUCGCCCAUCUCAGUUCAUCAGCGGAAGAUGGCACAGACCAUGGAGCGGACGACAUUCUGGCGCUGGAAUUUUACCACAAGGCUUCUGGACUCAUCUCAGACGUCAUCGCAGUUGCUUCCAUCGAAAGCGUACAGGCGUUCCUCUUACUCGGCGUGUACACUCUUCCCAUCGAUGCCGCGGGCUUGUCCUGCACCUAUCUCGGCAUUGCCAUCAAGAUUGCCACGCAAAACGGCAUGCAUCGCAAGCACCACAAGACACUUGCAUCUCGGCAGGUCGAGCUACGAAGGAGAUUAUGGUGGACUGCGUAUACGCUGGAACGGCGGAUAUGCGUUUUGCACGGGAGACCCGUGUCGAUCUCACGAGCGGAAAUUGAUGUGGACCUGCCCCAAGAUCUGCCAGAGCUACGAGAGGCGCCACCAAUCCACGCGUUGCCGAAUAUGUUGGCUAUGAUUAGGCUUACAGAGACCCUGGAGAACGCCAAGGAAGCCAUAUUCGCGUUCAAGAGGGCGGCUAGAAAACGAAGCCCCGCUUUGAUACAGCCAGUCCUACAGCUAAAGCAAGAACUGCAGCAGUAUUGGCAAAGCCUGCCCGAAGACACGUUCUGCAGAGACUUGACGCCGGGGAAACCGCUAUUUCGUUUCAACAUUCACUUGGCUCUGAUGUAUCACCUCAUUUUCAUUUUCCUCGGUCGCUCCUUUAUACUCAAAGGAAGCACUUUUGAGACGGUGGAAAACGUACAGAUGCCGGAGUGGACCGAGAUGCGCGACGAGCUUGUUAACGAUUGCAUCCGCGGUGCCCUAGCCGUCAUUGACCUCUGUCAGACUUUGGACAAUGAGAUGGGAUUAGCCAGAUCAUCAUACACCGAGUUUACUUCCUGCUGCGCUGCUCUGCUAGCAGUGCUCGCGCGGCGCAUAUCAGUGCGGAACACUCGCUUGCAGACUGCAUGCGACGCGGGGAUCAAGCUCCUCAAAAAGAUGUCGGUGGGAGUCUUCUCCGACAGUUCUGAGAAACUCACGGUGGAAGCUCUCGAGACGGCCAUCCAUCGGCUGGACAGCUGCAGCGUGGCCUCGCCUGCCGCCAGUGGAGUCGCUUAUGCGCAGUUCAGACAGUGGGCCAUGAACCGGCAACACACACAAUGCAACGAGCCGGCGACGCCACGUCAGACAACGACGAACACUCCGCAAAAUGCUGAUGCCAUGCAGGGUCUUUACUCGUUUGGAUUGGACGAUCUGUCCUCGCUGCCAGGAUUGGACCAGUGGUUCGAAUUCGGUCUCCAUUAG